AUGGCGGCGGUGGCGGCGGGCGGCUCCAACUGGGGCCUCAUCAUGAACGUGGUCAACAGCAUCGUGGGCGUGAGCGUCCUCACCGUGCCCUUCUGCUUCCGCCAGUGCGGCAUUGUCCUGGGAGCUCUGCUCCUCAUUUUCUGUUCUUGGAUGACUCACCAAUCCUGCAUGUUCCUGGUGAAAUCGGCCAAUCUCAGCAAGCGCAGGACCUACCCCGGCCUUGCAUUUCACGCCUAUGGAAAAGCAGGGAAAAUGCUGGUGGAAACAAGCAUGAUCGGGCUGAUGCUGGGAACUUGCAUUGCUUUCUAUGUCGUGAUUGGUGACCUGGGCUCCAACUUCUUUGCCCGGCUGCUUGGGUUUCAGGUGUCUGGCAGCUUCCGCAUCGUCCUGCUCUUCGCUGUCUCCCUGUGCAUUGUUCUUCCCUUGAGCCUCCAGAGGAACAUGAUGGCUUCCAUACAGUCCUUCAGUGCCAUGGCUCUCAUCUUUUACACUGUUUUCAUGUUUGUGGUCGUUCUCUCCUCCUUCAAGCACGGCCUCUUCAGCGGGCAGUGGCUGCAGCGAGUUAGCUACACUCGCUGGGAGGGCAUUUUUCGCUGCAUCCCCAUCUUCGGCAUGUCCUUCGCCUGUCAGUCUCAGGUCCUGCCUACCUAUGACAGCUUGGACGAGCCAUCUGUUAAAAUCAUGAGCUCCAUAUUUGCUUUUUCCCUAAAUGUGGUCACCACCUUUUAUAUUACGGUUGGCUUCUUCGGCUACGUGAGCUACACCGAAGCCAUCGCCGGCAACGUGCUCAUGAACUUCCCUUCCAACCUCGUGACGGAGAUGAUCCGCGUGGGAUUCAUGAUGUCCGUGGCAGUGGGGUUUCCCAUGAUGAUUCUGCCCUGCAGGCAGGCGCUGAACACCCUUCUCUUUGAGCAGCAGCAAAAAGACGGUACCUUUGCUGCGGGCGGUUACAUGCCCCCGCUUCGGUUUAAAGCCCUCACGCUGGCCGUUGUCUUUGGAACCAUGGUAGGAGGCAUCAUGAUCCCCAACGUGGAAACAGUCCUGGGCCUCACAGGUGCCACCAUGGGGAGCCUCAUCUGCUUUAUCUGCCCGGCUCUCAUUUACAAGAAGAUCCACAAGAACGCGCUUUGCUCGCAGAUGAUACUGUGGAUCGGCCUGGGAAUGCUGGUCAUCAGCACGUACACCACGCUGACCGCCACAGAGGACACCCCUGCGAGGACGGACGCCGUGGGACUGGAGCGCCUGGAAGGGGAGGAGACCAGGAUGGACCCGGAUUCGGUCAAAAUGCCAGACCAGAAGCCGGUGGUCGAGGAGCCAGAGGACGACCGUGACAAACCAAAGCUGCUGGACGAGAAGGAGGAGAUGGAGCAGCCGCAGAUCAAGGUGCCCAUGGAGGUGCCCGAGAGAGAUGAGGAAGGGGAGAAGCUACAGGAGCAGGUGCAGCUUGACCGCCCUGACCAAGGCAUCGCCCUGCCCGUCGGGGAGGCCCAUCGGCACGAGCCGCCCGUCCCGCACGACAGAGUCAUCGUCGACAUGGGCCGCGAGCGGGAGGAGUCCGACGAGAACAAGGCGGCGCUCGGAGAGGCCGGUGAGGAUCUCAAGGCAGCGGCACGGGAGCCAGCGGAGCUGGGGCCCGGGAAAGAGGCGCUUGGCCCGAGACAAGAGGUGGAAGAAGCGGCCGCGGAGAAGCCGGCGCGGGGAGGGACCGAGGAGCCUGCUAAGCACGCGAAGAAGGCGCUGGAGGUGAGCGUGCGGCAGGAGGGCGGGCUGCCGCACAGAGACCCGGAGCCGGGCGAGCGAGCGCUGGGAGCCCAGGCACACGCUGCCGCGCUGGACGGCGAGAAGAAAGCGGAGGCCGCGGGUGACAAGGAGAAGUCCAAGGUGCAGCCGCCCCGGGAAGCAGAGGAGGCUGCGAAGGAAGCUGAGCCCGGGCAAAGGCAGGAGCUGCCCCCGGCAGCCGGAGCAGAGCUGGCCCAGGCCCAGCAGCCGGAGCAGAGGGAAGCCCGUGACGCCGAGGACAAGCAGCCCGGGAAUGCCGAGAGCAGAGCGGAGGGGGAGAGCAGAGUGGGAGAAGCAGGGCAGCCAAAGCUGCUCGAUCACGCGGUGCUGCUGCAGGUGAUCAAAGAACAGCAGGUACAGCAAAAGCAGCUCCUCGAUCAGCAAGCAAAGCUGCUGGCCGUGAUUGAAGAGCAGCACAAGGAGAUCCACCAGCAAAGGCAGGAGGAGGGAGGGGAGGAGAAGCCAAAGCAAGGUAAGGAGGCUGCCAGGGAGCCUGGCUGCUGGGAGAGCUUUAAAAUCAGCCUGGGAGGGAUCUGGUCCCUCUGGCACGUGGCGGGAUCCGCUCUGGAUCUGACGGAGACGCAGCCGGAGGCGGCGGGGCCGCGGAGCCGGGAGGAGCAGGGCCUGGUGGAGCAGCGCCGCGAGGGCCCCCACGGCCGCCGCCGGCCGGGGCCGCCCCCCGAGGACGCGCAGGAGGAAACGGACGGAGACGGCAAAAAGGCGGCGGAGAACGAGGCUGCCCUUCCCGGCGCGGCCCAGCGCCUGCCAGCGGCCAGAAACCACCUAGAAAAGAAGCCCUUGGCAGAGAAUCCGGGAGGGGACGAAGCCAACGCUGGAAGAGGCGUCCAUGAGAAAAACGUCCUGAAAGCUGCGGAAGCAGCAACAGCUCCCGUCCAAAGAGAACAGCUCGGGGCUGCCAGAGUUCAGGGAGUAGCGGGAAGGAGCCUGGAAAGGGACGCAGGAACAGACCUGAAAGCCAAAGCGCGGAGCCAGGCGGAGGCCAAAGAGCUGGCGCCUGCGCCGGGCUCCUCGAGCACGCGGCCCGUGGCGGGGAGCGAGCAGCGCGUGCGGGAGGCGCGCGGGGCGCACGGCCGCCCCGCCGGCAAGGGUGCUCCGCGGGAGCGGGCGGACGUGCCGCGGGAUGCCCAGGAACAGCCGCUGGGCAAGCAGAGCCGUGCGGACGGCAGCCUCGCCAAAGAGGCCGGGAGGAAGCCGGGCGCCGAGGACGCUGCCGCCCAGCAGCCCGAGAAUGGAGCGGCCGCCCACGGGGACCAGCAGCAGGACCGCGACGUCAAACCGAACCGGGAGCUGAAAGAGCAGGCGGACCUGGAUCUGCGCCGGCUGAACCCGCUGCCCGACGUGAAGGUGAACGACCUGCGCAGCGCCCUGGAGACGCGGCUGCAGCGCGUGGCCGAGGGCGCUCCACGUGCCGCGCAGCUGCCGGCGCUGCUGAAGGGCACCGCGGACGACGACGCGCCCUGUCCCGGCUACCUGCUGGACGACAUCGCCCGGAUCUCGCACGAGUCACCCGGCAGCAGCCAGUGCCUGCUCGAGUACCUGCUGCAGCGGCUGCAGAGCCGCUCGUGCCGCGUGAAGCUCAAGGUGCUCAAGAUCCUGCUGCACACGUGUGCCCGGGGCUCGCCGCGCUUCGCGCUGCAGCUGAGGAGCAACGCGGCCUUCGUGCGCGAGGCGGCAGUGUUCACCGGACCCCCGGAUCCCCUGCACGGCAACGGCCUCAACCAGAAGGUGCGGGCGGCGGCGCAGGUGGGUAUUGCCAUCAUGUUCCCAUUGCGUUCCCAUCACAUUCCCUCCGUGUCCCGGGCGGCUCCGCGCCGCUCCCGCCACGCGGCCCCUCCGUCCCCGCAGGACUUGGCCGCCCUGCUCUUCUCGGAUGCUCCGCAGGCCGCGGCGCUGCCCGCCCGCCCGCUGCCCCCCGCAGGGAUGGGCUCCAAGUCCAGCAGCAACAUGCAGGGAUUCGGCUUCAGCAGCGACAGGGCCGGCCCCGCGAGACACCAGCCGGGGCUGCCCGGCGGCGGCUGGGAGGAGCCCGACAGCGGCCACAGCUCCCAGGACUCGUGGCAGGGCAACGGCGAGCGGGGCCGAGCCUCCGACUCCUGCAGCAAGUCGGGCAGCGACAGCCUCUCCGGGGCCAGCCGGGAGCUGGCGAACGCGGCCGAGCGGGCGGACGCUGACGGCCUGGGCGACUGCGUGCGGGAGGUGGGCCUGGUGCGCGCGCUCACCCGCGGCGCCAGGGUCUUCCUCACCCGCGAGGAGGCCCAGCUCUUCGUCAAGGAGUGCGCGCUGCUCAACUGCGAGGUGGUGCUGGAGCUGCUGGGCCGCGCGCUGGAGGAGCCCGCCGAGAGCGUCCGCAUGCGCUCCCUCUGCGCCGUCUCGGCCCUCAUGUGCUCCGACCUGCUCUCCCUGGAGCACAUCCACGCGGCCACACGGCAGCGCCUGCAGCAGCUCAGCCAAGGCAGCCCCGGACCCGUGGCCAACCGAGCCACCAAGAUCCUGCGGCAGUUCGAGGCUCUGUGCAGGGACCAACCUUGGCCGAGGACCUGCGGAUCGGAGCGGAAUCUGGAGCCGCGCGUGCUGGCCGCGGGCUCGGAGCAAUGUGCCCAGGACUUGCUGACGGACACGCCGCCGCCACCGGGCCAGGGCCUCCUGGAGCCCGUGAGCGCCGUCCCGCCGGCCCCGGGCACCCGCGCGCGGCCGUGUGCCGCCGGCACGGACGGGCCGGAGCCGAGGAGCGGCCUGGCAGGGACGGCCGGGGACGCGGCGCCCGCCCGCAGCCUGUCCCUCUUUGCCGGCAUGGAGCUGGUGGCGCGUCCCGGCACGGUGCUGCCCCCGGACUGUCCCCCCGCGGCACCGCGGACGUUGUGCCCUGCUGGGGACACGGGUGCUGUGGCUCGGCCGGACGCGGGGGGCACCGCGGAGCCCUCCGCCUUCCCCUUCCUCAACAUGUAG